GCAGGGUCAAGGCCUCUGUUCUGGACUUGGGAGGCCCCAUCGCUUUCUCCCGGAGGGUGGCGCGCCGCAGAGGAGAAACCUUGGCCGUUUUCCUGGAGGUUCCACCAAGAUACCGUCUGUGCUGCUUUGGCUGUGGACCCCAGCCUUUGGGCAGGAGGACAUUUCAGAUAAGAAUAGGACAAGUGCCCAGAAGAUGAGUCUCAAGACUGAUUUGGAAACAAACUUUGCUGAGUGUGUUUUAGACGCAGGAAAAGUCAUCCUUGGGAAUGAGCAAAGGAAUAAAAUGGACCCUCAAUUGCAGGAGAAACAGAAUAAAGUCAUCUUGCAUGCAAUAUGUGCCCUGAUGAAUUCUGGUGGGGGAGUGGUCAAGGCUGAGAUUGAGAACAAAGAGUACAAUUAUGAAAUUCAUGGAGUAGGGUUGCAUCUGCCUUCCAUUUUCAAUGGCUAUUUAGACGAGAUGCAGCAGGGAGACCUCUUUUUGAUUUUUGUGAAAUCAUGGAACGCAGAGGCCUCUGGUGUACGGCUUGCUACCUUGUGCUCCAAUUUGUACUACAGACAUAAAACAUCUACCAAUGUCAUGAAUUCUCACGAAGCACUGGCAUUCCUCAAAGAGAAGACUCAGACUCUUAGGAAUAUUAAUUAUUCCUAUUUAAGUCCACAGAAAGUUCGGGUUGGUGUACAAAAUGAAGGUAACAUAAAGGCCUCAGCCGCUGCUUUAUUUGACAGAGCUCACCUUCAGUACCUGGAAAAGCUCAACUUUACUAAUUCCACGCAUGUUGAAUUUAAAAUGUUGUCAACAGAGGUGUCACAAUGCUUUAAAGAGAGUCUCCCCAGUUGUGUUUCUGCGUUUGCAAACACUGAAGGAGGGUUUGUAUUUUUUGGUGUGCAUGAUGAGACCCAUCAAGUCAUUGGAUGUAAAAAAGAGAGACUAGAUCUUACCGCCUUGAGGGCUUCUAUUGAUCACUGUAUUAAGAAAUUACCUGUCCAUCAUUUCUGUACACAGAAGCGUGAGAUAAAAUAUGCCGUCAAAUUCCUUGAAGUACACAAUCAGGGUGCCCUCCAUGGAUAUGUCUGUGCUGUCAAGGUGGAACCAUUCUGCUGUGCAGUGUUUGCUGAAGUGCCUAGUUCCUGGCAGGUGAAGGACAAUCAUGUGAGACAGCUGAGCACAAAGGAAUGGGUAGCUUGGAUGACGGAAGCCGACCCAGGUCAGGGAGCAGAAUCCACAGUGAUUGUAUUUUCAGACAGAGUGGUGUAUACUCCAGACAGCCUCUACAAAGAAUUGAUCUCACAACAUAAAGGACUCAGAGACUUAAUCAAUAGAGAAAUGCGCUCUGUCUCUCGAGGAAUCUUGAUUUUUUCUCGAAGCUGGGCUGUGGACUUGGGUCUGCCAGAGAAGCAGGGAGUAAUCUGCGAUGCUCUUCUACUUUCCCAGAACAACAUCCCGCUCCUCUACACCAUCCUCAGUGAGUGCGAUGAGGGCUGGAAGGACUAUUCUCUGCGAGUCGCCUGUUCCUUAAAGCUGAAGCUGGUGAACACAGGUGGCUACACUGGGAAACUGUGCAUCACUCCCUUGGUCUUCCUGUUGAAUCCUGAUAGAACCGCAAACGCCCUUCAUGGUUCUGAUUUGCAAAUUUACCCCGAGUCCUACAACCUUACGACCACCCAGCACAUGGAAGCUCUGUUACAGUCCCUUGUGAUAGUCCUGCUUGGGUUCAGAUCUUUCUUAAGUGAAGAGCUGGGCUCUGAGGUUUUGAACCUACUCACAGAUAAACAGUAUGAGUUGCUUUCAAAGAACCUUCGCAAGACCAGAGAGCUGUUUGUUCACGGCUUACCUGGAUCAGGGAAGACCAUCCUGGCUCUUAGGAUCAUGGAGAAGAUCAGGAAUGUGUUUUGCUGUCAACCAGGUGACAUUCUCUACGUCUGUGAGAACCAGCCCCUGAUGAAGUUUGUGAGCAAGAAAAAUAUCUGCCAGGCAGUGACCCGGAAAACCUUCAUGAAAAAUAACUUUGAAAGGACUCAACACAUCAUCAUCGAUGAAGCUCAGAAUUUCCGCACUGAAGAUGGGGACUGGUAUGAGAAGGCAAGAACCAUCACUCGGAGAGAAAACGGUAACCGAGGAAUUCUCUGGAUCUUUCUGGACUACUUUCAGACCAGCCACUUGAGUUGCAACGGCCUCCCCCAUUUCUUAGACCAGGAUCCAAAAGAAGAGCUCACCAGAGUGGUCCGCAAUGCAGAUCCAAUAGCCAACUACCUACAAAAAGUAAUGCAGGAGGUCACAGAAAAUCCUCCACCUAACCUCCCCCCUGCAUGCCUGGAGAUGGUCCAUGAAGCUAAAUGGGCUCAGGGCGUUCCAGGUAGCUUCGAGAUUCUGAGGUGCUCGGACUUGGAGGAGAUGGUGGUCCAGCUAGCAGAGAGGUGCCAGUUUCUCUUGAGGAAUGCUUAUUCCCCCAAGGAUAUUGCUGUGCUUUUCAGCAAAGCAAGUGAAGUGGAAAUAUAUAAAGAGAAGCUUCUAAGAGCAAUGAGGAGGAGAAGAAUGUCUCAGCUCGAUGAGGGAAAUGAUCUGUUAGUACGGAUCAAGGACGCGACAGAUAUGGAGGGCAAUCACAUCGUGUUAGACAGUGUCCGUCGAUUUUCGGGCCUGGAAAGAAACAUCGUGUUUGGCGUCAAUCCAGUGGCAGCUGAGCCAGCUGUUUCCCACAAUCUUCUGCUCUGUCUAGCUUCCAGGGCAAAGAAACAUCUGUAUAUUCUGAAAGUUUCUAUCUGACAAGAAGAUCCCGGUCUAAGAAACAAUUAGGUAGCUCUCAUCUCUAGUUAACUGUGAAACUAUUGGAUCUAAACAUUUAAUCAUCAAACGUUUAAUGAGCACUCAUUGUGAGCCACAUACUCUUCUAGGUGCUGGGGGUUGGGGAUAGCAAACGAGACAGACAAGAUUCCUUCUUUGGAGCAGAGGCAGAUCACAGACAAGUAAACAGAUAGAAGGAAUUUUAGAUAGUAAUGAGACAUCAUAGUACUAAUUAGAGGCGCUGAGUUGCAGAGAUUGUGCGUGUGUG